AUGGGGACAACUUUUGUUGAUUCUUCUACAGAAGUUGUUACAGAACUAACUACACAGGAUUCUACAACUUUCUCAACUGACUCUACUGAUAUUACAACAUGGACACUUGACACCUCUUCAUCAGAUUCCACAAUGGAAACUAUCGAUGAAACAACAUUUGUAGAUUCCUCUACAGAAAACCAACUACAGAGGAAGCUACAUCUAUAUCAACUGGCUCCACUGAUUAUACUACAGGGACAAGUUGUUACAGAACUAACUACACAGGAUUCUACAACUUUCUCAACUGACUCUACUGAUAUUACAACAUGGACACUUGAAACCUCUUCAUCAGAUUCCACAAUGGAACCUAUCCUUGAAACAACAUUUGUUGAUUCUACUACUGAAAUCGCUACAGAACCAACUACAGAAGAAGCUACAUCUAUAUCAACUGAAGUUGUUACGGGACUAACUACAAAGGAUUCUACAUCUUUUUCAACUGACUCUAUUGAUAUAACAACAGGGACACUUGAAACCUCUUCAACAGAUUCCACAAUGGAAACUAAAGUUGAGACAACUUUGGUAGAUUCCAAUACAGAUGUUGUUACAGGAUUGACUACAGAGGAAGCCUCAUCUAAAUCAGGUGAAUUCACAGAUUAUACUACAGGGACGCGUGACGCUACUUCCUUAGAUCCAACAACGGAAACUAGAGUGGGGACAACAUUUAUAGAUUCUACUACGAUGACAACAGCCUUAAGCUCAACGGAAACGACGAUUGCAACAACACAGGAUUCCAAAGAAACAACGAUCGAAACAACCGAAGGAACCACAGAAACGACGAUUGAAACUACCGAAGGAACCCCAGAAACGACGAUUGAAACAACCGAAGGAACCAUAGAAAUGGCGAUUAAAACAAACGAAGGAACCACAGAAAUGGUGAUUGAAACAACCCAAGGAACCACAGAAACGACGAUUGAAACAACCGAAGGAACCACAGAAACGACGAUCGAAACAACCGAAGGAACCACAGAAACGACGGUUGAAACAACCGAAGGAACCACAGAAACCAUGAUUGAAACAACCGAAGGAACCACAGAAACGACGAUUGAAACAACGGAAGGAACCACAGAAAUGACGAUCGAAACAACCCAAGGAACCACAGAAACGACGAUCGAAACAACCCAAGGAAACACAGAAACGACGAUUGAACCAACCCAAGGAACCACAGAAACGACGAUUGAAACAACCGAAGGAACCACAGAAACAACGAUCGAAACAACCGAAGGAACCACAGAAACGACGAUUGAAACAACCGAAGGAACCACAGAAACGACGAUUGAAACAACGGAAGGAACCACAGAAAUGACGAUCGAAACAACCCAAGGAACCACAGAAACGACGAUCGAAACAACCCAAGGAAACACAGAAACGACGAUUGAAACAACCCAAGGAACCACAGAAACGACGAUUGAAACAACCGAAGGAACCACAGAAACAACGAUCGAAACAACCGAAGGAACCACAGAACCGACGAUUGAAACAACUGAAGGAACCACAGAAACAACGAUCGAAACAACCGAAGGAACCACAGAACCGACGAUUGAAACAACUGAAGGAACUACAGAAACGACAAUUAAAACAACCAAAGGAACCACAGAAAUGACGAUUGAAACAACCGAAGGAACCACAGAAACGAAGAUUGAAACAACCGAAGGAACCACAGAAACGACGAUUGAAACAACCGAAGGAACCACAGAAACGACGAUCGAAACAAUCGAAGGAACCACAGAAACGAAGAUUGAAACAACAGAAGGAACCACAGAAACGACGAUUGAAACAACGGAAGGAACCACAGAAAUGACGAUCGAAACAACCCAAGGAACCACAGAAACGACGAUCGAAACAACCCAAGGAAACACAGAAACGACGAUUGAAACAACCCAAGGAACCACAGAAACGACGAUUGAAACAACCCAAGGAACCACAGAAGGAGAAUCUUCUUCUCAGUCUACAUUUCUACCAACGUCGUGUGACAGCAGAUGUGACUACCUCACAGAAACAUGUAAAGAAGGAGAGUGCAGAUGUAGACCAGGCACACAGAGGGAUUACUCCGGAACAUGCACAAGAGUAUGGACUUUCCGAUUCAGAAUAAGAAUCUUUGAAAUAGCCGGAGUUGAUGCUAGCUUUGACAGCAGUUAUCUAGACCCCUCUAGUAAUAGCUACAUCAUCUUAUCCGAACUGAUUCAUCAAUGCAUGUUCAACCUGUUUCAUCCUAUCACUCGGAGCGUCGUAACAACGACGAUUGUUUCCUAUUCAGAAGGGAGUAUAUGGGCUGUAUAUGAUGAGCAUUUAAACGCAUCGUCAACCGCAUCCAAUCUCCAGACCAUGCUGCUAUCAGAGAUACAAGAUAAUAGCUACUUUCUCUAUGCAGACAACGACGCAAAUCUGACACUUAGCACAAGUGAAGAGGAUGUUAGUGUGAAUGUAAUUGACGAAUGCUUGCUCGACGAGGAUAAUGAUUGUUCUGAGAAUGCAGAAUGUAUUGAUCUGGACGAUGCCGGUGGUUUUAACUGUACAUGUAAUACUGGAUAUGAUGACCACAUGCCUCAGCUACCGGGCAGAUUAUGCUCUCUGAGUAAGUAG